AUGUCUUCUUACGAUUCCAAGGACGCCGAUAGACAGCACGGGCGCCUCGACCUUACCGGCGUCGAUGACGCCUACAUCCCUCCAGAACAACCGGAGACAAAGCACCAUCGCUUCAGGAUAUCCAAAGACACCCUGAGAAACCACUUUAUCGCUGCAGUCGGCGAGUUCUGCGGGACGUUUAUGUUUUUGUGGUGCGCGUACGUUAUCUGCAAUGUCGCCAACCAUGACGUCGCACUCGUUGCGGAACCGGACGGCUCCCAUCCGGGCCAGUUGAUUAUGAUUGCCAUCGGCUUCGGGUUCUCCGUCAUGUUCUCCAUCUGGUGCUUUGCCGGUGUCUCCGGUGGUGCUUUGAAUCCCGCCGUCUCGCUUUCCCUGUGUCUGGCGAGAGCAGUCUCGCCAACGAGGUGUCUUGUCAUGUGGAUUUCGCAAAUCGCUGCUGGAAUGGCCGCUGGCGGCGCUGCUAGCGCCAUGACCCCAGGUAAGGUCCUCUUUGCUAACGCCUUGGGGCUGGGCUGCUCCAGGACCAGAGGCCUCUUCUUGGAAAUGUUCGGUACUGCUAUAUUGUGUUUGACUGUUCUGAUGACCGCCGUCGAGAAACGUGAAACCAACUUCAUGGCCGCUCUGCCCAUCGGCAUCUCUCUGUUCAUCGCGCACGUCGCUUUGACAGCCUACACGGGCACAGGUGUCAACCCGGCGAGGUCGUUGGGCGCUGCCGUCGCGGCUAGAUACUUCCCGCAUUACCACUGGAUUUACUGGAUCGGACCCUUGUUGGGCUCCACCCUGGCGUGGUCUGUCUGGCAGCUGUUGCAGAUCUUGGAUUACACCACGUACGUCACUGCUGAAAAGGCUGCCAGCACCAAGGAGAAGGACUCUCGGAAAAAAGAGCAGACCAGCAGUUCGUCUCCUGCCGCCGAAGUCUGA